AUGAGUGCAAAUCCACACGAAUCAUGGGCUGUCCGCAGAUAUAAAGGUGUUACGAAAAUACUCGGUCAAGUUCAAGAAAAAGUUUCUCAAGUCGGAUGGGCUGUUGGAGCAACAACUGUUCUUAUUAUCUAUCCAUUAGCUAUUUCAAUCUUAGAUCAUCGUUUCCUUAAGAAGAAUGGUGUUAUUUAA